GUAGUGACAUUUAAUUUCCAUAACUUCUCUCGUAUAUCGUCACUUGUCAUUGUCUCCACUCUCCACUGUGUGACAAUUUUUCGUCCAACUCACAAGCUUUACAUUGCUUGGUCUCUACUUCACUACACUUUCCCCCCCUUUCUUCUGCUUCCAGAAAUAAAACUAUUUCUUGCUUUUUAUUCCAUUCAAGUUACAGUCAAAGAGAGUUUUUCUUGCGUGAGUCACCGACAGUUUCUGUGAUUUUCCUUCUGGCGUAGAUAAACAAGAGAGAAAGAGGCCAUGGAAAGGAAGGUGUUAGUAAUUUGUGCUGUUGUGGGAUUUCUAGGGUUGCUUUCUGCUGUUACUGGUUUUGCUGCUGAGGCCACUAGAAUUAAGGGUUCUCAGGUCCAGUUUCCCUCUCCUUCAGAAUGUGUAUAUCCAAGGAGUCCUGCACUGGGCCUUGGAUUGGUUGCUGCUGUGGCUCUUAUGGUUGCUCAAAUAAUUGUCAACGUAGCAAGUGGAUGUGUCUGUUGCCGUCAAUAUCAGUCAGGAUCUAAUCGGUCACUAGCACUACUAUGUUUUGUUGUAUCCUGGUUUACAUUCGUCAUAGCAUUUCUAUUAUUGCUAACGGGCGCAGCACUGAAUGAUCAGCAUGGUGAAGAGAGCCUGUACUUUGGCAACUACUAUUGCUAUGUUGUAAAGCCUGGAGUAUUUGCUGGAGCUGCUGUCUUGUCCCUUGCCAGUGUUGCUCUUGGAAUCAUCUAUUACAUUUCCUUGGUAUCUGCAAAGAACAUCAAUGAUCCAUGGCAUCCACCAGUACCAAGUCAAGGUGGCAUUGCAAUGGGACACCCACAAAUUCCUCCACAGACCAGUCAGGAACCAGUUUUUGUGCAUGAAGAUACUUACAUGAGACGCAUAUCUACGUGAUUGUCCGUAGACCUUGUAUAAACACAAGGACUGGAGGUGUGAAGGGUGAAGAAUCGUCUUCUUUAUGUGAACCAUUUGCUCCCCUUUGUGAGCUUUCAUUGCUUUUUUUGAACUCCAAUGGUAGUGAUAGCUAAGUUUUGUCGGAAAUUUGUAGCCUUACAACAUGUAUCUGGAGGUGCUGUCUGUAUGUAAUCCAACAAUGCAACAUACUCCUACAAAGUUUGUAGUUUCUUGUACUAUAAUUAGUAAUGUUUCUCGCUCUAGAUUCA